UUACUUUCUCAAAGCUUAUAUGUGGUUGAAAAUGAAAAUAUUUUGUUUUUGAAUAUUUUACUUCUACCUUAAUCUGAAAAUCCUAUAUUUACUUUGUAUUUAUUUAUUACUCUAGGAUUUAAAAUAAUAAAAAUGGGUGCACUUACUAGCAGACAAAACGCUGGUGUGGAGGAAGCUGAUGUUGUAUCAAAUCAUGCAUACAAGUAUCCGCCUAGAUCUGGAAAUUAUUUUGGAAGCCACUUCAUAAUGGGAGGUGAAAGAUUUGAUACUCCACAACCAGAAGCUUACUUAUUUGGUGAGAAUGCUGACCUCAACUUUCUUGGUAGCAGACCUACCCCUUUUCCAUACCCACCACCUCAAUCGAAUGAGCCAACCAAAACCCUACGGAGCCUGAUCAAUAUCCGUAAGGAGUCCUUACGCUUUGUUCGCUGCCCUGAACCAGUGGGAAAAUUGAGUGAUACCAAUAAAAUUGGAGAUGGCCCUGUCAAAACUGUUGAUAAUAAUGGCAAGGGCACUUAUUACAAUAUUGAGUUUACAUUUGACUGUGAUGUCAGAUGUGCUAUUACAGUGUUCUACUUUUGUACUGAAGAAGUUACACCAACUGGUAUUGUACACUAUCCUCGGGAUUCAUCAAUGUCCUCCCAGACUUACCAUUACAAGAAGGGAGCUAAUCAGCAGUUUUGUCAAAUCUCUCAUGUGUUUGACCCUUCAAAAUAUCCGGAAGAAGAUCUUAUAUACAAUGCAGACCGUGAAAUUAUUCCCAUUGCAAUUUAUUGUGUUGUAGAUGAGGGUCAAGAUGAAAUUAGGCAGUCACACACAACUAUUGCUAUAGUAGAGAAGCACUUGGAUGGAACUUAUGUCUUGAAAGCUCUAAAGCAAAAAUUAUUUGUUGACGGAUUGUGUUACCUGUUACAAGAGAUAUAUGGUAUAGAGAAUAAAAAUCUUGAUUCAAAGCCAACCUCAGAUGAGGAAACCGAAGAUGGUGGGUCUGAAUGUGUUAUCUGUAUGUGCGAUGUCCGUGACACACUGAUACUGCCCUGUCGGCACCUCUGUUUAUGCAACUCUUGUGCGGAUUCCCUCCGUUACCAGGCCAAUAACUGUCCAAUAUGUAGAGCUCCGUUUAGGGCUCUGUUACAAAUAAGAGCCCUUCAGAAGAUUUCAACUUCGCCGACGUCACCCGCCUUGUUGCCCGCGGCCAGUCCACCAGAUGGCAGCAUGGAGAAUAUCCCAGCAGGUUAUGAGCCGGUCUCCCUCAUUGAGGCCUUGAACGGACCUCGAGCUCGUGUCGCCCCCCUCGCCCCGCCCGCCCCGGCUAUCGCCAGCCCCGACACGGAUACCGCGUCGCAGGCCGCGGAAGUCUUAAACCGUUGCGUAGUUGAACGCAGCUCUUCAACCAGUUUGGGAAGUCGACGAAGUAGCUGUCGAGAUGAAAAGAGAGAUAGGCUCGCCCAGCAUCCUCUUACACCUGAGUUCCGUAUGUCAGUGCUACUCGCCCGUGAGCAGUCCAAACGCGACGAGAAAGCGGCCAGUCCCCUUCUCCACAAACACAACAGCACCAGUGUGCCUGAAAAACUCUCCAAGAGCAAGACCUCCCUAAACUCCAUACCGCAGUCGAUACAUCGUUCUGAAGAAGAGAGCUGCUCCUGCUCCGUGGAGGGGCGAAGUGAAAUCGGUUCGGGUGAUUGUGGGACAAAUUAUGGAGAAUGUGGAGCCGAUUGCGGGGUAGAUUGCGGCGAAUGUGGGGUGGAUGGAAACGGGGCUGAAGAUGGAGAACCAGAUAGUGAUGCGGAGAGACGUUCGCCGCUUCUUACUCAACUUUCGCAUAACGGGAUUAAAGCGAACGGCUCUUUGCGUACUCCGAGCGUGGAAGCCAUUCGACCUGCGCUCGCGCACAUUGACGACACUGAUAAUGAGGAAAACGAACAACACUCGGACCCUCUCCGUAGAGACGUGGAGUCGCCGGGGGUGGCCGAAGACUCGGACUAUUUCACGCCGGAGGAUACUAACACCACGAUACUGACCGUCCCCAAGCCUAACGCAGAUGUAGGUAAUAAGAUCGUAUGCGCACCACAACGUUGGGCUUUGCCGCAUCAUGUUACGUCGUUGCCUGGUACGCCGUUAUCGCAGUCUAGCGUGCGUUCGUCAGGCGAUUCUUACAGCUCCACAUCUUCCACUCGUCAACUUCUCGCGACUGCUCCACUCACAGCUGAUACUCCUUGUUAAAAGUAUGUGACUUCGUGCGUGUGGCAACAUAAAUGUUUUUAUUGCCUACUUUUGCUAAUGCCUUCUAUGGUGAAAGUAUUCAAAAUCGAUUCUGUAAUACAGAUACCGGCAAACUUCUUGUGCAUUAAAGAAGGGAGUGGGGAAAAGUUUGCGCAUCGUACACAGCGUGGGAAACGUCAACUGAUAUAUCAAUCACGGGAUCGACACGUCACUUUCCCGCUGCCGCGUACCACCCCCCUCCCAGUGAUACCUAAAAAUCGCUUCUGCGCAAGGACAUUUGUUCAAGAUGUUUUCCGGUAUCUUUACCAGAGACUCUUUCAAACAAAUUUGCACGUAUUUGUCUCUUUAUUUGUGGGAUGAAAAGCCUUUUAUGCAUGAGACAGAUAUUUGUAUUUAGUUAGAAAUUUAUAUUACUUGCAAAAUGUUUUUUACCAUUAGGAACCAAGGACAUAAAAACAUGGCGAAAUUCUAUCGGAAAUAGCAGAACCCUAGACAUCACUAAGUUUUUCAGUAACUGUAUUUUUAAGGAAAUAAUCUGUGGUAAUUGAAAUGAAAAACAAUUAGGAAUAUAUCUAGGAUAGGUAUAUGUUUUAUUUGUUAAGCAAAUGUUUUGUGAUCUAAAAUCAACUCAAACCUUUGUUGAGAAAUUUUAUUAGAAUAAUGAUGAUAUGAUAUACCUUUAAUAUAAAAAUGAACUUAUAAUAUUAAUUAUCCAAAUAUAAGAUUUUAUAGUUAAAAACGAUUAACCUGCUAGAAAUAAUAUUGACACCUGUAAUGUUAUAAAUACAUGAGUUUAUGCUUUUUAAAAGUAGUAUAGAAUUUAAUAGGUGCCAAAUGUUUUUUGUCAAUCAUGUAAACAAUUUGUAUAACCUGAUAUCCGGACCAAUGGAUUCUAUUUUUUUAAAUUAAUUUCAGUGUAAUCCUAAUUUAAACAGUUUGCGAAUUUGAUUUGACUAUUAUGUACUUCCUGAAAUUGUAAAAAAAUUAUCCCAAUUUUGUGCAACCAGACUGCUUAUUAUUUUAGUGCAUAUGUAGUAUUAUUGUUUCAACUGGUUAAAAUUACUAAUAUGUAUUAAAUUGACUGAAUAACAUUCCUGGAAUCUCUAUAUUUUCCCUGUGUAUUAAAAAUAAAUACUAGG